AUGGCUCUCCCGUUGUUCAACCAGACACCCAAUACUCUUUUGGCCAAUUCCAAUGACCCCGCGAGGCAACAACAAACAAAUCACGUGGAAGUACCACGAGACUUGAAGGAUAUGAACGCUAGACCAAGAGUCGGACUACUCUCGCAUACAGUGAUACCUAGUCCAACGAUCCAAUGGAUCCUACCCGCCCGCCUAAGGAGCAAGCACCAGAACGAUGUUGUUUUUGUUGGCGAACGGCAUCUUCAGAUUAAAGAGGCUGUCUCAGGGAUCCACCUCGAAGAUGUCACCUCGAAAUCCGACUUUGAUGCAUGCAUAAUGGCAGCUAAGGUGAUCAACGUGGGGGUGGAAUUGCCGUGGGAGACUCAAAUGAAGCUGGGGGCCAGCAAUUCAAAUGCAAUGGCUGGUAUCAAUCUCGACGUGCAUAAUGAUUUACCUCCGCAAAUGCUCGUUUUGAGUCUUGCUUCUCGAGAACUGGUAUUUCUUUAUUAUUCGGCCUCACAGGGGGGGCGUUUUGUCCAUCACCGGCGGCCUUUGCCAAAUGAUGUCAGUUCAUUCGAACGCUUUGGUCGACAUAUUGCGGUGGAGCCAAGAUCUCGCGCGGUGGCAGUCAGUGCUUCAUGUGAUUAUUUUGGUGUUUUCUUGUUGAAAAAGCCAUCCGUUGUCCAGUCACAGAUGACCCAGAAUCAACUGGACCCGAUAUUAGAAGAACGUUUCUUCCGUCUCGAAGGCGACAUCAUAUUCAUGGAAUUUCUGUAUCCAAAGCCAGAAGACGGUGACAAAAUCAUAUUACUUCUCUUAAUUGCCCAAAACCAAACGACUCAUGCAAUCUGUUACGAAUGGAAUGCAAAUGAGACUUUGCGGGACCAUCCACGAAUAACCAGAAGAUUACUCCCGCCUGAUGAUAAAUUGCCCACCAUGCUGAUUCCAUUGACCAAAACAUCCUCUUUCAUGCUCGUCACAACAACCACGAUGGCGGUAUACAAAAAUAGACUCGACCCCCGGAGGCAGCCUAGCAGGUAUCCACUUCCCAUGCCAGAUCGGGAAUGUCGAAAAUCGCCUUUAUGGACACGAUGGGCAAGACCAUUGCGCAACUGGUCGUACAAUCAAAAGCAUGAUGACAUUUACCUCUGUCGUGAGGAUGGCAGGAUGUUCUACUUGGAAAUCGGUAGUGAGGGAGAAGUCGAGAACCAGACCCAUUUGGGGCAUCUUUGUUGCGAUGUUGAUGCUGCAUUUGAUAUCUUAGACAUUGGCCACGAAGGUGGUGAUUUGCUUCUCGCGGCCGGAAAUAUGGGAGACGGCGGACUGUUUGUUCAGAAGGCGCGAGAUCAUCCAAGGUGUGUUCAAAAGUUCCUGAAUUGGGCACCAGUUACAGACUCGGUCCUUGUGAGUUCCGCCAGCCAGGGACCUCUGGCAGCAGAAAUUGCCAGUGAUCGACUUUUUGCUUGUUCUGCAUCUACCUUUGGACAGGGCGCGGUUGUUGAACUUCGAUACGGAAUAGAAGCACAGAUUGGUUUGGUCAUUCAACUAGAAGAUUUAUCAAGCACGAGAGACAUAUGGACAAUGCCAGAUAGUGUCGACGGAGGUGUUUACAUUCUGACUUCCGACCCGGUUUCGUCUAUCCUCUUUUAUCUACCCCCUGACUUUGGCGAGGAGAUAUGCGCUAUUGAUGAAGCAAAUUCGGGACUCAAUUUCUCUGCUCAAACUCUAGCAGCAGGAUGCACGCCUGACGGUGUCGUCAUUCAGGUUACCGAGAAAGCCAUACACCUUGGAGCUAUCACCGGUUCUUUAUCAAAUUUUCGCUUUGACUAUGAUCCCAACCAAAGCGCUGCGGUUGCCGCCGUUAAUGACUCAACUUCAUCAGUUGUGGCUAUUGUCAGGACCAGCCACGAGUUCUACAUUCAUACAACUAGAGCCACCUCACUUAAUGGCCAGCUCCAACUGUACGAUAUCGAUGGUCCAAUUAAGAUCGACCAUGAACCAGUUUGUGUUUCAAUCGAGACCUUUGGCUAUGCCUCUUUCAUUUUUAUAGGCACAGGAAGUGGAAAGGUACUUGUCUAUCGCAUUGAAGAAAAAGCCGUUACAUUUAUGUGCGAUAUUUCCGUUGCAAUAAACAGGAGUGACGACAUAUCGAAAGCCAUUGAAAGUCUUGCGACAAUAAAAUUUGCGACAGAAGGGUCUCUAGGAAGAUCAAUUUUAUUUUGUGGUCUACGAAGCGGUAUUCUCGUUCCGUUCGAAGUGAGCGUUGUCGGUGAUAGUCCUGCCUCACCAAUCGAAAUGAGGCAGACAACGCCGCAGCAACUAGGACAUACAUCGGUUAGAGUACAAGGCAGGGGGAACUUCGCAUUGUUGACCUGUGGGGAAGGCUUCUGGCAGGUGUCAUGUAUCCAAGAUGGCGAGCUACCUGACUACGCCCUCGAAAGGAUUUGGAUAACCGACCAAAAUAAUCCUGCCUACUACCCCAAGAACAUUCAUGGAUUCACCAUUAACAACGUGGUAAACCCACAAUUAGACGGGCUUCCUGACUCCCUUUUCUGUAUCACAGAUGGGUCGCUCCUGAUAUGCACUCUGGAUCAAGUCGCAAAACCAGUUCCUCGACGAAUCGGCCUACCGGGAAGCGUUAGAAAGAUAGCCUAUUCCAAAUAUCUGAGGAGUUUGAUUGUGGCAUACACUCAAACUGAUUUCGACACAGAUACAGAUCCUAUCAAACGCUAUACACGUCCGUUUAUUGAAUUUGUGGACCCAGAUUCGCAGGAAUCGGUGGUCGGUUCCCCUGCAGAGAACGAGUCUCGAGCUUGGAGACCACAGGGAGCAGCUGGUGAAAAGAUCACCUGCAUUUUGGAAUGGACGCCCAGAAAAGGCGACGAGGAAUACCAUUUCAUUAUCAUCGGAACUUCUCGCAGGAAUCAACAAGAGCGAGGACGGGUUAUUUUCCUUCAAGCAUCCCGAGACGAGAGUAAUCCUUCACUCAUUGAUUGCUCUGUCAAAUAUAUCCACAAAUUCGAAGGGCCAGUGUUUGCCAUCGCACCAUAUGGCGAUCUAACUUUGAUGGUCUCGACUGGGCGUGAGAUCGUACCGUUAGAACCCAAAUUCUCCCAAACCCGAUGGCCUCGAACCGCAAAAUACUCAGGCUCAUACCCGGCUGUUUCCAUGACUGCCCAUGAGCCGUUCUUAUACAUGUCGACGUCGAGGGAGUCACUUAUGGUGCUCAAGGUGGUUGACGAUAAUUUAAAUCUCCAUUCAUACGAUCGUCAGAAACAUGACGGUCUCUCCCACGUCCACGUUGGAGGGGAAAUGAAACUUACCACAGCAACCAGCAGAGGUGGCAGGGUCAGCAUAUUCACUGGGCAUGGUGUGACAGAUAAUGACAAGAUGAUGCCUGUCGCACUAUGCGAGGCCCACCUUCCCUUGUCAGUGACAAAACUCUGCACCGGUUCCAAACCCUCUCCUCUAUCUCCUUACUCCCCGGUCCUUUACGGAACCACCAUAAAUGGCACCGCCUACCGCUUCUUGACUCUAGGGGAGAAAGAGUGGCAAGUGCUACGCCUGUUACAGAAUCUGUGCGAAAGGGAUUCUCUCAUCAGCCCGUUUACGCCCAGGAGAAAGCGGCAACGCAACCCUGUGGGAAGCGAUCCUUCGCAAUUCAGCUCCUCUCGAAUGCAUAUAGAUGGCGACAUACUCAGCCGAUUAGUGGCGCGAGGCUCAGGGCAUUUGAAGCAGAUGCUGGCCACAAAUGAAUUCGAUAACCCCUCUUGGCCCGAAGCAGGUUCAGCCCAGACCACUAUGGAGCGAUUCUCCGAAUUAUCCAAGGAUUUGCUUGGGGAGAAUCCAAGUCCUGUUGACGCUGUGAUGAGGUGGUUGAGAAAUUCUCUGUAUAUGGGAUUUUAA